AUGCAAUUUUUCAAAGCCGCCACUGCUCUAGCCUUUCUCACCUCCCUAGUAAAAGCCGAUGCAAAUGCUAGGUUUUUAACAUCUGAUGGUGUCGUGUACAGUUUUGAAGUUGUCACAAGCACGAUUAGACCUGCAACCACCUAUUUGACUACCUUGUACUAUACUACCACUGAGGUAGUUCCUGUGACUUUGGCCAACGAGGUGGUCAGUUCCUCAACCAAGGCCGUUACAAAGACUUCUACUCUUUCCGUGGUCAGCAGUGCUACCACUGCGCCAGCUCCUACCACUGUGGUAGUCUCAUCAAGUGCUUCAUCCAGCUCCUCGUCCAGCUCUUCAUCGAGUUCCUCCACCUUGAGCCCAAGUUCAACUAGAAGCACCUCUUCCUCGAAAGGAAGCUCGGCCACAAGCGAUUUCUCUUCCGCUAGUGUCUCCGCCAGCUCUUCCAUCGCCUCGCCAUCAAGCCUCUCUUCUGAUGCUUCUGGCGUACCUUCGAGCGGCUCAGCCAGCUCGAAACAACCCAGCAGCACAUACUCUAUGGCAGGAAACACGGGUAGUGCCUCGUCUAUCACGAGCUCAUCGUCUCAGACAAGCUCUUCGUCAACCAUCACUUUGUCUCCAAGUACAUCCACUGCUUCCUCCACUACUUCCUCUACUUCCAAAUCAUCCUCGGCAUCAGUGCCCUCGAGUUCCUUGAAAGUUGAAGCCUAUACUACUGAAUACGGCGAUGAUGACAAUGGAUCUUGUACUGUGUAUUACGAAGAUAGUGACUACUACACGACCAUCUACUUGACGGAUGCCAGUCAGUCAGUUGAUGCAUUUACCACUUAUACCAGUACGAAGACCGUUUUCGAAACCAUUUCCACUUAG